AUGACAGUGCUUUGGAAACAUAUUGCCCGUCGUUGGUAUUCCGGUGGUGAUACAGCAUUUGCCAGAAAAUGGAUUUACGCGAAAACGUUCAAAGGUGAACCGUCACACUGUAAUUUCCGUCUGGAGACAGAACCUAUUCCAGCAACGUUGCAAAAAGGCGAGUUUCUGGCCCAGGCCGAAUAUCUUUCGGUUGAUCCGUAUAUGCGCCCGUACAUGCUCGCCUACCCGGAAGGUUCACUAAUGAUCGGUGGCCAGAUAGCACGGGUGACGAAGAGUGCCAAUGAACAGUUUCCCGUUGGGGCUAGCGUCUUCGGACAGUUCGGUUGGCGAACACAUACCGUCUGUGAUCCAGCGCGGGUGGAAAAGGAUAAACCAUAUGUAUUGCCAGAUUUUGGUCAGUAUCCCACCAGCCUUGGCCUAGGUAUACUCGGUAUGCCCGGAAAUACCGCAUACUUUGGAUUGCAGGAACUUUGCCAACCGAAAGCGGGAGAAACGGUUGUGGUAAGCGGUGCGGCCGGAGCAGUGGGAAGUGUGGUGGGACAGAUCGCGAAGAUUAUCGGCUGUCGCGUCAUCGGGAUUGCCGGAUCGGACGCAAAAUGCGAAUGGCUGCAAAAAGAUCUAGGUUUCGAUGGAGUAAUCAAUUACAAGCGGGCAAACGUAUACGCCGAGCUGAAGGCCGCUGCUCCGAAGGGAAUUGACUGUUAUUUCGACAAUGUCGGCGGGGACAUAACAGAGACGGUCCUGAAGCAGAUGAACGUGUACGGGCGAAUUGCAGUGUGUGGUGCUAUCUCGAAUUAUAACAACGCCGUUGCUAAAGUUACCGAUCCGCAGCGACAGUUUGUCUUUAAACAGCUACGUAUGGAAGGGUUCCUUGUUUGGCGCUGGAACGACCGUUGGCUGGAAGGCAUCGAAGCGAACCUGCGUUGGAUACGGGAGGGUCGUCUUACGUAUCAAGAAACCGUCACAGAGGGUUUUGAUAAGAUGCCAGAUGCUUUUAUCGAUAUGUUGCGUGGCGGUAACACAGGCAAGGCCGUGGUGAAAGUGUAA